AGCCGCUUCGUCUCAAGGCCAUUCCGAUCCCAUACGAGACGGCCUGAGGUCAUCCUCCGCGCAAGCCCGGAGCCAUGGCGGACGAUGAGCUCCAGGAGGUUCGUGACAACUUCUACGUCGGCAAUUUCCAAAAGGCGCUCGCGAUGGCGGAGGGCACGACCGCCUCCACCGAUUUUGCACAGAGCGAACUCGGGGCCCUGCUGGCCCGCUGCUGCCUCUCCGGCAACGUCGUCGAGCGGCUCAAGAGCAAGGAUCCGGAUGCAGAACUCGGAGUACCCGGGGCAGCGCGCCACGGUGUUCAUGAUGAUCAUGCUGAAAUCGAGGCAGGAUGCGCAGCGGAACCUGGCCAAGGAGCGGCUUCUCUCGCUCGCGAAGGAGACGCAGGACAUGAGCUGCACCCUGCUGGCCGCGGUCGCCCACGCGAUGGACGGCAACUGGAAAGAGGCGGCGGAGCUGACCAAGGCGCACCCGACGUUGGAGAUGCAGGCGCUCUGCGUGAUGUUCUGCCUAUUGUGCAACCAGGCCGGCAUGGCCGAGAAGCUGGUGGCGGAGAUGCAGGGGUCCAACGACGACUCGGCGGUGUUCCGGUUGGCGAACGCCGCGGUCAAGAUGGCCGUGGGGGACCCGGAGGAGGCGUACCUCACGUACUGCGAUUUGAGCGCGCAGUUCCCGCCAAAAGAGGACGACGACUCCGGCAGCGGGUCCACGCUGCUGCAGGUCGGCAAGGCCCUGGCGAACAUGCAGCGCGGCAUGUACUCGGAGGCGGAGGAGGACCUUCAGCGGGCGUUCGCCAUGUCGCCGAGCGAUCCCGACGUGCUGGUCAAUCUCUGCUGCUGCAUGACGCACCUGGGGAAGAAGGAUGAGUUCCAGCAGUACUACGCGAAGCUCGAGGUGGCAGCGCCGACCCACCCGUACGUGGUCAAGACGCAGGGUAUGAAGAACGUGUUCACCAAGUUCAAGGCCUCCCUGGAGGUCUGA